AUGUCUGGUAUCGAGGUUGCUGGCCUCGUCCUGGGAGGCUUUCCAAUCCUCCUCAACUGCCUCGAUUACUACAGGAAGGGAUUUGAGCCUCUGGAAGAAUGGUUCAGCUUCCGGACUCAUUUUAUCGCGUUUAUCGAUAACAUUAGGCAUCAAAUGAUGAGAUACAACGAGAAUAUGAUUCGACUACUGGACCCAAUUAUCGGGGAUAACGAGAGCCUCGCCAAGUUGGUUAGAGAUCCAACUGACUCACGCUGGAAUGAUCACAGUCUUGAUACCCUCUUGGAGCAACGUCUAUCUAGUGAGUUUGAUAGAUUUCUCAGGAUUGUCGACAGGAUGCAUGAGGUUAUGCUUGACUUGAACAAGCUCCUGCAAAUCGAAGAUGGGCAGGUCUCCUGGGUUGGGCCAUCACAACAUAAGCCCUGGCAGUGGCACUUCAAACGAGUCCAGAUCAGUUUUUCCAAGGGAAAGCAUAAGAAGGUCAAGAAGUUGGCAUCUCAUAACCAAGAACUUCAAGAGAUUCUGGGUUAUAGUGAACGUCUCAUUCCUAUUUCCGACAGGCGAAAGGCUUCGGAGCCAGUUGGCCGCCUCGAAAAGCUCCGGCAACACGCCUGUUCCGUGCACAGCGCUCUUAAGUCACAGUGGAAGUGCAACAAAUCGUGUCGCAGCCACGAAGCUCAUCUCAGCUUGCGUGCGGAAGCCGUUUCAGUCAGCAUGAACUUCAUGUUCAUUGUACAUGGCGGACAAGGGACAUCUUCCAAACCCAUAACGCAAGAGGUUGUGACACAGCCAAAGGAAGCAUUGCCGCCAACACUAUCGGACAUCAGCCGUGUGCCGCAGUCGGCCCUUCUCACGACAGUUCAGCAGACUAUUAUCGAGCAGGAUACUCUCGCGAAGAGAAGACCAAACGUGAUCCACCGCCUGUCACAGAGAUUGCAUGCGAAGGAAUUGUCUCUGAAGGGAUCAUCAGGCAAAGCAGGAGACCCCAAUUCUACUUCUACAAAAAAGACCGUGAGAUUUGGAUCACCUGUGCCUGUAAUUGCGAUAAGUCCUCCGGGCAAUAGUAGCCAGGCUAGGGCUAGAACGGCCCGUUCUUUGAAUGCUGCUCCCGUGGCUAGCCCUACUAUUGGCGACUCUUCAGCUCCUCUUCCCAUCGCAGACCUCUGUUUCAACAAAAAGCAAAGCUCGGUGGUUAUCCAAGACAAUUCUGAUCGGCUCCUUGAACUUUGCAAACCCUCCAAAGGUCUUCGAAUGGUCAUCUCAGAGAGAGUGAGGCUAUAUCCACUUCCUGAACUCCUUGACGCCUAUCACCAAGCUACCAUCGACCUAUCAAGACAACACCGGUUUGAAAUGGCCACGCAUAUUGCGUCUGCACUGCUCCAGGCUCACCGAUCGCCAUGGCUUUCUGCAAAGUGGUCCAAACGCGAUUUCUACUUUCUGGCGGACAUGGAUUCGCAAUCACUUCGCAGCAGCCACCCUUUCGUCUCUCGCAAUUUUCUCUCCGGUUCGGACGACGAAGAGGAAGCUACUACAUCUGAAAUCCCCAACUUCUCCGGCAAUCGGCAGGCCUCGGAAGAAGACACUCGCGCAUGCCUCUUCACCGUCGGCGUGAUAAUCCUCGAGUUGAUAUUCGGGCACAAUAUCGAGGAUUGCAGUUUCCGCAAAGAUUACUACGGCAAGGAUAACAAGCCCAAUGAUCAGACAGACAUCAGCACUGCGAGGAAGUGGGCCAUGAAGGUGCUGGGUGAUAGCGGUGCAGACGUUGCGGAUGUAGUGAGGAGGUGUUUAGAUUGUUCCUUCGGCCCAAAACCGAGUUUUUCAGAUGUGAGAUUUAGGAACUCUGUCUAUGAAGGGGUUAUCAAGCCCUUGGCGGGCUAUUCAAAGGUUUGGUCGGAGGUUAUGCCAUAG